AGUAAAGUAGCAGUGGGAAGUUGUUUAGCUUACAGUGAGCUACUCGCUUGAAAUUAAUAAACAACAUCACAUUUGUGUCUACAAUGUGCCGUUCUAAGACAGUGCAUAUUUGGUAUGUUUAAGAUGAAACUGUUCUAUGCAGUUACUUACUAAAACGUGCUGUUUAGCUGGCAUACUGCGUCUGGCACCGGUGAAGUAGCUUUAACUAUGCUAAUGUUGUUUAGCUAGCAUAGGUGCAGUUUAUUAAAGGUAAUCACGGUGUUUUCUGAUACUUCAAAAAUGGCAUGCACAUUGGAAAAGGUACUUGGUGAUGCUCGCACUUUACUCGAGCGUUUGAAAGAGCAUGACACGGCAGCGGAAAGUUUAAUAGAACAGUCCGGAGCUCUUAGCCAAAAGGUCCACAGCAUGAAGGAAGUCAGCAACUCUCUCCCAGAUAAGUACAUAGAGGAGACAUCCGAGAUGCAAGAGCUGACAAGAUACAAACCACACGUACUUCUUGCUCAGGAAAACACGCAAAUUAAAGAACUGCAGCAGGACAAUAGAGAGCUUUGGGUGUCUUUGGAGGAGCAUCAGUAUGCACUGGAGUUGAUCAUGGGUCGAUAUCGCAAACAGAUGCUCCAACUAAUGAUGGGGAAGAAAAAACUUGACACAAAACCGGUGUUGAAUCUUCACGAGGACCAUGCCAAGGAGGUGCAGAACCAGCUGGAGAGGAUAUGCGAGAUGGGCCAAGUGAUGAGGAAAGCCGUUCAGGUGGAUGACCAGCACUACUGCUCAGUACAAGAAAGACUUGCACAGCUCGAGAUUGAGAAUAAGGAACUCCGCGACCUGCUGUCAAUCAGCAAGAGUUCUGUGAAACUCCAACAAGAAGAGGAGGAAGACCACCAGCCUGAGCCAGAGGCCAGUCCCUCAUCAGAGUGACAGGGUUAUUAUAUUACAGUGUGAAGUGUCAAGAUCCUGAUUCAGAAGUAAAAUCCCUGCCACAGUCUCCUUCCAAUGCAGUGACUUCACUGACUAACUACUAGUCUACCUGUCUCUUGAGUACUCGUUAUUAUCAGCUAAUUCAGAGUUGGUUGGAUUCAAUUUGAGGCAGGGUUUUUACUUUCUGAACCCGGGAUUGACACCUCUGAUUGCGGUGUAAUGGUAAUGAAACAACAUGACCUGGGGGAUAUUCCAAGAAGCUGGUUCAGAGGUAAACUAGGCUAAAUUAACCUUGAGGUAGUGAUAAAUCGUAUAGAGCACGGAUUUCUCAUUUUCCUAUUAAUUGAAUGACACAGGCUAUCUUUUAUCGCGUUUACCACUUCUUGUAAAUUAAAUCAGCCAGACUUAUCACUUAACCAUGUUCUUGGAAUAGCCCCCUUACUGUCGCCAGAUGAAUGAGGUUCGGCAUAGCUCCACAUAGCGUUCCACUGAGCUCCACACAUUCAUUUGGGAUCGCACUCGAUGCAAAGAACGUAUUGGAUGCAAAAAUUCAAUGCAUCAUCAGAAUCGCUGGGUGAGGGAUUCCCAUAGAUGUGACACAGCGGCUCACGGUGACGAAUUGUGUGUUGACACAUUGAUUCUGCUAUUUCAACUGUGUUUUCAAAUCAUCUUUUGCAUUUUAAUUCUUCUAAUCUGGUGUGAUCCCAGAUUGAUGUGUGUUCAUCUGGCAAGAGUCAGGUUAGGAACAGCAAGCUACCAAGAACUUUGGUUUGGUCGAAGCUUCAAAUCAUGAUCUGUCCACCAUAGCUCUGAAAUGUAUGUCUUGGGAUAUUUAUUUUACACCUUAGUGCUGUUCCAUUUGGAUUUGAGGUACUGUUGCUGGUCUUUCUCUUAUUUUUCUCAGGAAAUUCAAAUUAUGCCCCAGAUGCUCACUGAUCUCUGGGGUCAUUGUUGAUACAAAAUGCAUUUUUACUUUUCAGGACGUUUUUUUUUAAACUUAAGACUUCAGUUAUUCCCAUACCGUAGCGUUACUUUUCUACUUGCUUAUUCUUGAACCUAAGAAAACCUUUCAGUCAACAUUAUGUAGCUUGAAGGUGGUUGGGUUUGUGUGACUGCCAUUUAACAACAACAAAUGUAUAAUAAUAACAAAGAAUGCCACUGAAUCAGUGUGUGUUCAUACAUGUAAUAUAAAUGUAAUGACAGACCAUUCUGGCCAUAAGCUUGAUUGUAGAGAUGUACACAGAAGUAUGUCAUUCAUCAUUUAGUCAGUAGAGCAUAUCAUUGUUGUUUAAAGUCUGCAUUUUUUACAUCUGCGUGGUAGGGAGGGUGGUUAUACAUUGCUUUAAUAACAAAUGCAAGGAAAAUAUCUACAUCAUCUCAGGAAUGCUGACAUUCACAGUAAUAACUGCUAUUGUGAUGUUGAGAAUAACUAGUUAAUAUGCAGCAGACAUGCAUUUGUCAUCGCAAAUGAGGAAGUAUAGCAUAUAAACAGUGAAAAAACAAA